GUGCACUGUGUUCCGUUACUCAGCUAGCCUCAGGUUCUGUAACAUGCGUUCCAUGGAUCACGUUUUGUCUUACGCCCGAACGAUUGCCAGCAUCCCCUUGCACCGCACUGCUUAUGUGCCCAGUGAGGAAGAGGCGGCGAACAUCAAGGAAAUGGCGGACGAACUACGCAGCAUAGACGUUCAGAUCGGCGAACAGAUAUCCAGUCUCUCUGAACGACGGGCAGCCGUUCGGGAGCAGAUUGCGCUCAAUAACGCCCUUCUGUCACCAUGUCGCCGCUUGCCUUCUGAAGCUCUCUCGAUGAUCUUCCUACUGGCCGUCCCGGAUGACUGGGAGCAAGCGUACGCUGGACAACGCAGCCCCAACUUCGCGCGGGUGUGUCGUCUUUGGCGAAACGUCGCAUUCGACACUCCCAGGCUAUGGUCAAGACUCCGUCUCGAAGCGUGGAUCCGUUGGCCAUCAGUCGGAGAAGCAAGUCUGCUCGCACUCGAAGAGGAUGUGGAAAGGACAGCGCAGGUGCCUCUGGACGUAGACGUACAGAUGGGCUCCCUCGUGCACAGACAUCCGAUGCCCUAUGCCUCGUGGGACAAUUUCUGGGGGGAGAACGACGCUUGGCUACUGCUUCGUACACUUUCGCACCGAUGGAAGCGGGCCAGUUUCUAUAACUUGCCGCUUUCCGGUUACGCCAACCUUGCUACUUGCUCUUUUCCUGCAUUGCAGACCCUGGCCAUUCACUUUGCCAAGUACUCGCAUGCGAUUUGGCGCCUUGAUGCGGACACCCGACAAACGAUGAUUCUCCCUAACUUCCAGAAUGCGCCGAACGUGACCAACCUACAUAUUGACGUUGUUCCCCCGAUGGUAACAUUCGAAUUGCCACGACAAUGGUCCAUCACUGACCUAACAAUCAACUACGCCGGAGGACUUGAUGUCGCUUUCGAAUCUCUCCUUCGCGCGAUGAUGGCGUGUAGCGCCACCGUGCGCUCCUGCCACAUCAGCGUCGAAUACGAUGUCAAUCGGUCUAUCAAUCGUCCCGAACCCAUACCGCAAGAGUCGACCAUCUUUCCUUGCCUGGAAGAUAUCCACUUCGAAGACGACGCCAUCCUGCUUUGCUACUUCAUUGCAGCCCCCCACGCUAUCAAUUUACGGCUUUCCGGUUACUCCUACUACAAUCAGUUCGAUGCGUUGGAAACCAUGCUCGAUCGCUCGCAAGCAUGCCAGUCCUUGAAUACGCUUUCUUUAGCGCAGCUAAGACUCAUCGACGAGGGCUCACUUCUCCGAUGCCUUCGUCGUCUGCCGUCGCUGAGAGAAGUCGCUCUCGCACACGACGAAUACGCGGAAAACAUCUGCGAUCCGUUGAUCACCCUGGACCUGGUGCGCGCCUUAGAUAUAUCUGACGUGCCCUAUGCAUCGGAGGUCCUCUUACCCAAUCUCUCGCGAUUGGUCUUGACUCUUGGCGGCUGGGUGCGAUUGUGGGGAGAUUGGCAGCAAGAUGAGCGCUCAUUUCAGGACGCUUUAUUGUCUGCACUAAGGUCCAGGGCAGAGCCUUUGAAGUUAGACGGGAUGCCCAUUCAAUCUUUACAGUCUUUCGUACUUGACGACUCUCCGUGCUGGCCGCCUUGUCGAGAUACUAUUGUUCGUACCUUUCAGCGUAGGAGGGCGAUGGUGAUCAAACAGGUGUCCACGGACUCAGAGACUGAAUCUGAUUGA